GUAAAAUUAAGUCACAGAAAGCCAGAAAUGGCAGGCCGAGACACCUCGAGGUUGAAGUGCCAAGGAAGAAAAAGAAGAAAAUAUACAUCAGAAAAUCAAAUUGUUACUGAUUUCUUCCGCUAUAUUUGGUAUUGUAUUGUAUUGGAUUGUAUGGUUGUCUUAUAGUUUUGACCCUCACUGUACUGUUUACAGUUUAAUAAAUACGAAGCGUUUUAUUCACUUCCAGAUUUCUAACAUCUCCAUCGAAUUCAAUAACAGUAAAAGCUUUUCUAAAAACAUAGCGCAAUGCAUACGAUGGAUUUAGUUCAAUGGCAACCACUGUGCCUUAAUGCAUGAAUUAAACACAAAAAAAACUGAAUGGAAACCGAACACCACUUGGCUACCAGCAAUCAGCUGACUAAACUAAAGCAGUCUAUAAUUCUCUGUCAUAAUUGUUCCGACCGAAAAUAACACUUCCCCAUCACCGCCGAUUCAACCGUUUCGGUAUCGAUCGAAUCAGCAAAAAUAAAAUAAACUUAAUUACACACUGUUGUAAACAUAGUGCAUGUUUGCCUUGGACAGAGGUUUCUAUGUAGAGUGAAUAUUUUUUGUUCAUCAAUGCUUUUUUUUGCUGGCACUGGAUGAAUGGAAAAUGUUUUAUUUAUUUGUUUAUGGUAUAUGUAUAUGCACCACACACAAAAAAAAAACAAAAACUUCUAAAUUGCUGAUGCCAGUGAGCAUAGUUUUUAUCAAAAAACUGACUUCGUUAUUUAUGACUGGACAUUCAGAAAUACGGUCAACCCUAGGGAGAUUAUUUUUUGUGCAUUACAAAAAAAUACUAUGGAGAGCUCUAUACUCAUUUUUCCAUACGUUUGUCAUUUCCGAACCAGCAUUAUACUGAAGCAACAUCGAGCUAAUGUGGUUGUGCUCCGGAUUCUUGAAAACCUUGAAAAUGCUGAAGAGUUCGGGUUGUUGCUGACAUUAGAAAUGAUCGCCUCUCUCUCUAUUACAAAGGCACUCCAAUCCAACGCUAUAAGUAUAGUACAGUUAACCUUUAAUGAAGCACACAAACAAAGGCAGACAACAAGGCCUUGGUAGAAAUUCUGGAGGUGUUUCAUACAAGCUUGUCAGUCUAAAUCACAUAAUAUCAAAGAUUGAAAAGUAUAGUCACGCAUAAAAAGUAAGGUCCGAUUUUCUACUGAGAAAAGUUUCGCUCACGAGACUAGAACCGAUCGACGUACGUGUAGUGUACGUAGCCCGAACGCUAAGCACACUAUCUGUGGAUCGCCGCCCGGAGAGGAUGAUGCAAUAUCGCCCUUUUGUUAGGCACCUGGAUGCGAUAGUUGGUUUUGCGAAAUUUUAUGUUCAAAGCGCUAACCUUUUUUUGUUUGCUUGCCUACAGCUCAUCUUCAAGCAGUCUAAUGCGUGCGUACAUGCGUGUGCGGUGAUUUAAAGUUCUCCAAAAACAACAGCAGAAAAACGUAACAACACAAAGGAAAAAAGUGAAAACCCCGCGAGCGUGAACACAGAGACUGGCGCUUUACGCAAUAGUGCCGCUAGACGACGGUAUAUUGGAGAGCAUCAUUUUGGGGUCCAGGGCUUUUGCGACUCCACUAGCCUUUGCCUACCCUUUAUGUACCUUUUGUAGCAUUGUUUUGGGUCUGUCUGGUUUGGUUUUGGGCCUGGCGCAGCGGAAGCCCACCAGACGAAACGUGUCUUGAAUGAGGGUCAACCCGUGUGCCACCCGUGUGCUACUCUACGCAGACCUUCUCCUCCAAAGUCCCCCUUCGAAGUUUUCCUCCCCCUCCCCCACGUAUCGGACAUCUUGAAUUUUUUUUUGCGGUCGCGAAAGAAGCGGUUUUUGGUCGUUAUUAUAUCUCUGUGGAGUGUGUGUGUGCGUGUGUGCGCUUUUUUGGCAACCCUCACUGUGGGACUGGAGCCUCUAGCGCGACUGCGCCGAACACCACUUGUUGCUAAGCGCGUUCGCACCAGGGGCUAUAAUAUAUGUAGCAGGCAAAAGGCAGAAGAAGAAAUAUACCGAAAUCUGCCUCUCGCAAGUAGCGACAAAACGCAACACAGCGACAGAAAGAUGGCGUCACGCGGAGGGCAGAGCGAGAGAGCAAGAGUCGUAUACGUUAAGGUCACCGUACCGAUCGUGCGUGCGUGAGUUCGUAAGUGACUCACCAAUUUUUUGGCCACCCUCUCUGUCAUUCCCUUCAUAAUCGGUAGGCACACGCACUAUUCGCCUUCUAUUUCGCACUAAGAGUGUGUAAAAUGUGCGUAUCCGGUUUUCUAUUUGGCGGACGCUAAGCUUCAUGCACAUCCUUCACACCAACGCUAGCGGAGAGACCACACAGCGCACAGACGCACGGCCAUUCCCGUUUGGAGGUUGCUUUUCUAAUUAUUUUCAAUAGCGAUGCAAUAAUGUCUAGACGAAAAAAAAAAACGGUGGAUUGCCCAAGCUGAGGUGUGUGCGUCGCUUUUUUUCGUUGGCUCACCGUUCGCUUCUCCGGUGGAACCUAUGAGAGCUGGUGGGAACAAGAUAAAGGUUGAGGUGGGUCGAGGGUGCGGAAGAUUGAGUGGUGAGGGAGAUGUGGUUGGUGCGGGCGGCGAUAGUCGAGACUGCUGGAGGCUUGUCUCUCCUAUAGUCUGCAAGGGUCGCGAAAUAGCGGUAUAAUGCCGCACGCAUCGGCGAGAUCAGCAAGGCACUUGGUUGGGUGCUCACGAGAGUUUGGACGAGGUUCGGAUAUUCGGAGGAUUUUCAUUGUUUGCUGUUACUUGAAAGAUGUCAGAGCAAUUGGGCAGUUUUUAUCAAGUUUGAUAUAUUCAGAUAUUGUAAGUUCAAAUUAUUCUAAAUAAUCAAGCUUCAUCAAAGAUACUACAAAUCAUUGGAACAUGUCUUACUACAACUUACUACUGAGCAACUUACUCUUAAACCUCUUUUUUCUUUUGGGAUGUUAGUAUAAUUUUUUUUUCUCUCCAACCGCCUGAAUAGGCUCAUCUGUUCCAAGGAAACAUAUGCAACAAAAAGGUGGGGCAUACAUCUAGCCACACAGCCACACACGCAUGCACGGCGAAAGGUCGGCUAUGUUCGCAACAUAAUUUCCACCCGUUCGACCGGUGUUGGAAAUUCCGUAUCGAACGACCGAUCAGCAUUUGAUCUACUAUAGGUGCGUUUGUUCCGCGCUUUGGAUUAAUUAUUGACUGCGCGAAAGCUUUUUCGAAAGCCGUCGUCUGGCGUGAGCACCCUUCCCGUUCGCGUCCCCCCUCGUUCCUGUUGUCUUACCUUGUGCCCCUUAGUCUGUAUGCAAAGACUUUCAGACUGGUUGGAAUCGCGAAUCGUUUAGUUUGCUUUUAGCAAUUUACACGCAUACCUACGGUACUAUUAUCAUCCGAUGCGUCCUUAACGGUUUCUGUGGAGGGGUUUUGAUUUUGCUCCCGGGGGGUUUGUGUUUUGUUUCCUAUGACUUUGUACUUGUCAGUUAAGUAAGCGUGAUUUAGAUAGGGCAAAGUGUUACUGCAAGAGUUGAGUUUCUUGGUUAUGUGGUAGAAGCGUUGGCAUGUCAGGACCGCUACCAAGAUUGAUCCAAACAGAGUUUGUCUGUAUGAGCAGAACUUGAGUAUCGUUUUAUCCAUGUGUGAGGCCUCAGCAAGUCAAAAAUAAAAACAGCGAGGACCAACGAUCCGGACCUCAUUUUGUCGAGGAUUGAACAUUUUGAUGUUGAGAUAUGUCGAAGCUGGGAUCUAAAGAAUAUAGUCGUAGUCUUAGUACUCACAUACGUCUCUGAGAUACGGACUCAGUUAAAACUGACGAAUUCUUCUUAUCCGCCAGCAAGAGGAAGACGCUUAGAAUGAUUCUUGAUUUCACACCAUGAUAAGACUCAUCAGGCUCCUAGUCAAGUUGCGAGACUGGCACCAGAAGACUUAUCCAUGGAUAGAGGAGGUGUAGCAGCCCCAAGUUAAGACGGAGUGAAGACGUCAUACAAUAUGCAAUAUCAGAGAUAUUGAACAGAUAGACGAAGGCGCUAGACUGCGAGUAAUAUCGAGGACCUCUGCAUUACCUUCCAGUGUCAAAUAGAAGAGUUCGUGAGUUAAUGGAUGACACCCUUUCCCAAAUCGGUAAUCGUCACCAUUAAUACCAAGGACACACCGCAUGUAGUGAGCACACUUCGCACACCAGCCAGCAGAGUCGGCCCAAAUGUCUGGGGUAGGAUUUUCGCCACCCAUAUUGGCCCACAGUUGGCAACCAAUUUUAGUACAGCGAAGCGUUACGAAAGCGUUACGAGACAGACCUUUUUUAUUCGCCCUUUCUCAGCAGCAGCAGCUAAAGAAGCGUUUAGUACCUCUUACCGAUUGGCAAAAUACCGAUCGACGAGGGGAAAGAAAUCACUGAUGCGCGUCGGGAAACUGUAGAGACAGAGAGCGCGAGACCCCAAUACGAAAAUUAAUUUCCAUAUUUCGUGGGUCCAUCUCUGCAGUGUUUUCUGCCUCAUCUUCUGCCAGUUCAUUUCUACCGAGCAAAAGCCAGUAAUUUUUAUAGCAGUUUUCGUACCGAGAUGAUUUGAAGUACCGUUUGCUGACGUAUACCUUCGAGCCGAUGGGUGGACUGCCCGUAACCAAUCAGUUUGAUUAAUUUCUCGCCAUGGACAUGGAAGAAAAACUAUCACAUCUUUACUGCUUCCGCAAUUGAUCGUGCCUUGCUCGGUACCGGUUUUUUUUUGCUUAAACGGACAUCAACACGCACACAAUGCAGGGCACAGUGACGGAAGUUCACCUGGUGAAAGGUGCCCCGGCGGGUAAGGCGACACGUACACCCGGGAACCGUGAAGCGAUUACAUACACACACACACACACACACACACGCACGCACGCACACGGCAAGAGUCGAUUGUGAUAACCUAUUUAGAUAACAUCGACAACAACUGAAGUCGUCGUCAGUACGCAUCCCGGGAAUCGCGCUUCCUUCUGAACAGGUCUUCUCGUUUUGCCCUCCAUAAAUUAUGUUCUCCCGGGAAACAGGGAAAGAGAAAAAGAGAAGCUGUUAUCAGUAGCUUAUCUUAUCGUCGUCAACCGUACGCAAGAUACGGAACGACAUAGGCAUCGGGUCAAACACCGGCCUAUGGGGAAGGAAGGGUGGGUGGUUAACGGACGUGGGGUCGUGGAACCUAGGUAUUUAGAUAACACAGUCGUGUUGUGAGCAAUUGAAAGGCUCUCCUGGACUGGUUACGUAAUUGAGGUGCAGUCGGCACACAAUUGCACGAUACAAUGGCGAGGGAGCAAUGAAUCGUAGCAAAUGGUUGUUUAGUUGGUGUUGCUUUUAUUGUAAGUUAAGGAUGUCCAUUUAGCUAUCGGUGAUUUCGAUCUAUUCAAAGCCACAAUAGUUCUAGACUAAUUUGGAAAAGCCGAAAUUAAAUCAUUACCAGCUCAUCUGUUUUGCGCUGGACAUUAGAAUCCAGUUCGGUAGACUGGAGGUAAUGGAAUAAUCUCAUCUGAGAGGUCCUGCAGAAUCCGGAACUAAUAAGCUUAUUGAGCCUUACUUUGUAGCUCAAUGUAGCUGAGGUUUGUGGCUUUUAUUGUAGCCUGAAGAUGUCCAAGUAGCUAUUUGUGAUUUCGAUCUAUCUAAAGCCACAAUAGUUCUAGACGAGCUUGGUUCGGCGCUCAUCUGCUGUACUCUGAGCCUUAGAGAUCAAUCUGAUUCACUGGAGAUAAUGGACGAAUCUCAUCUGAGAUGUCCUCCGGUAGCAGAAACUAACAGGCCAUGCACUGAUGGGCUUGACUUAGUAGCUCGACUUAGAAAGACCUUUUUACUGCAGCAGAUGUUAACACUACCCAACAAAUUCAAAAGGUUACGGUGAACUUCAGUAUAAUCCUUAGCUAGAACACUCUGACUUAUCUUCCAAAAUCAGGCACCAACGUUCUUAUGCCUACAAUUUGUUUCAAAUGUGAAAAUGGUUCAAAUAAUAUGGAAAUUAACGUAUCUCAAACAUAUUCACAAACUUCAAACAACUCCAAUUAUGUCACACAAAACGAUCUACAACUGCUCCAACCUUCAACAUCUGCUCGGGGUAACUGUUAGAAAGAAACUGUACUGGUAAGACAGAAAUUUAACAUCCAAGUACAAAACGUUGGCUACAAACAACUGUCAGUGUCACCAACCGUACACUGUCACGUACUCUUGACAUCGGGUGAAAUGUGGACCCAGACGUGUUGAUUUCGCUUUCGGCGUGUGUAUAUGGUUUUUUCUACCAUCUCUAUGUAAUCGCGGUGCGUUGUUACGAUUAAGGAACAUGGCAAUUCGCCCAAAGAGCACGCAUAAUACUUCUGUCCAGGGAUCAUCUGUACCUUGGUGUGGUAUAUAAAGGUGUUGCCGUCAGUGAGAAAGGCAUACAGUUCCAGUUGAAUUGUGUACAGCAACUAGCUAGAGCAACAAUGAAUUCGUUUGCCCUUUCGGUUCUUGUGCUGGCGGUAGGAGCCAUCUCGGUGUCUGCCCGUCUGCAGCACUACGUCGUGGAGAAGAGCUUCAACCAGGCUCAGGCUGAGUGUGCCCUGUAUCAAGGUGUGCACGAUGAUGAUCUGCUCCGGUACGUGAAGGAAGGCUACCCCGAUGUGGAGGAGGUCCGUUGUUUGCUGCGUUGCGUCGCCUUCAACCUGCGAUUCUGGAACCACACUACCGGUCUGCAGAAGCACAUGAUCGCGGGACAUUUCGUGCCGUACCCGGAUGAUUACCACAACGUCGAGCGCACGGACGCUUGUCUGGCCGAGCAACUGUACACUUGCGACGAUGACCUCUGCACGCAGGUGUACAAGGCGUUCCAGUGCUACUACCAGCACUACGGUGCGCUGAGCGAGUGCCCGCAGUUUGUGGUCAACACCUACCUGGAGGAUAAGCAGGUCGUGAAGGAUUUGAGCGGAAUGUUGGCUUUGUCUCAGCAUACACUGCAGAACCUGGCUGGUGGUUGCCCACCGGACGGCGAAGAAUGCCUGUGCUUCUUCUACGCUUUUGUGGUCCGCACUGGACUGUACACCGAGGAGGAUGGUGCAAACCUGGAGCGUCUGUACUACCAGUACAACGAGGAUGUAUUCAACCCGAACAAUGCCAAGACCGUCGCCUGUCUGCAGAACCAGAAGAAGCUGGCCUGCAAGAAGACCACCUGCCAGCAGGCUUAUGACACGUUCCAGGCUUGCUUCGGUGAGUCCCAGGGUCUCGAGUACCUGGUUCACACCGUGUUCGUCGACGCUGCCAAGGACCUUCUGGGACAGCCCGUGUGCUACUGUACCAAGGGCAGAUCCUGCUCGCUCCACAAAUGUUAGGGACGUUGAGAGCAACCAACUAUUGGACAUUUCCUGAGCAAUCGCAAUUUUCGCAGGUGUAAACACAUGAAGCAAUAAAUUAAAAUGAUUCAAA